AUGAUGGGGUUUAAGCGAUUCAACUUGAUCUCUGCACUAUUUGCACUCUUUCUGAUGAAACUCAACGCCUCAAUUCAUCACUACAACAAAGAACCUUUCACUCACCGUUCCAACGCCUUCUUCUUCCACGCCGCCACCGAAGCUAUCUUCUCCUCUUCUUCAUCUUUCAUCAGGUUCGAAACGGUGUCGUUCACCAGACCCAGAGAAUCUGCCCUCACCUAUGGCCAAAUGCAAACCCACACUGGUCUUGUUGAAGCCAUUAUUCUUGAAGUCAAAGACAGAAACAGAAUCGGUGGAUUCUAUUUUAAUCCCAAAUCUGAUUUGAUUUGUUGUACUCCUGAUCUUGCUAAACUACAUAACUGUAAUGUUGGUGAAGUUAUCAUUCAGAAUAAUCCUGAUAACCCCGAGUUCCCGAAGCGGAUCAAAACGUUCUUCCGAGGAGUCUAUGAAGUUGCUAACAUGGAUCCUCAAACUGUUGAAAUCAAUGCUACUGGGAUGUAUUAUCUGUACUUCAUGUUUUGUGAUCCUAACCUGAAAGGGACCACUGUUACUGGAAAAACUGUGUGGAGAAACCCUAAUGGUUAUCUUCCUGGGAAAAUGGCACCUCUUAUGACGCUUUACGGGUUCAUGUCUUUGGCUUAUCUGUUACUUGGUCUUUUAUGGUUUUUGAGGUUUCUUCAGUUUUGGAAAGAGAAGGAUGUUGUUCAUGUGCAUCUUCACUACCAUAUCACUGCUGUUAUUGCUCUUGGGAUGUGUGAGAUGGCUUUAUGGUAUUUUGAGUAUGCCAAUUUCAAUGUUACUGGUACUAGGCCUAUGGGAAUUACCAUAUGGGCUGUUACUUUUACCUCUGUUAAGAAGACACUUUCGAGGCUGCUUCUGCUUGUUGUAUCUAUGGGAUAUGGUGUUGUUCGUCCUACUCUUGGUGCGCAGGGGGUUCUUCAUAGAGUUGUGCUUCUUGGGGUGAUGUACUUUAUUUCAUGUGAAGCGUUUGAGCUUGUUGAGCAUUUGGGGAACAUCAAUGACUUCUCUGGGAAAUCUAAGUUGCUGUUGGUACUCCCUGUUCUUUGCCUUGACUCCUGCUUCAUUCUCUGGAUCUUCUCUUCCUUGUCUAAAACCUUGGAGAAACUGCAGACAAGGAGAAACUUGGCUAAGCUGGAGAUAUACCGAAAAUUUACAAAUACCCUUGCAGUGUGUGUGCUACUGUCAAUUGCAUGGAUUGGCUUUGAGCUGUACUUCAAUGCAACUGAUCCUUUAAGUGAGCUGUGGCAAAUUGCUUGGAUUAUUCCCGCUUUGUGGUCCCUGCUUUCAUAUACUCUCUUGCUGGUGAUAUGUGUCCUUUGGGCUCCUUCUCGUAACCCUACCAGAUAUGCAUACUUAGAGGGAACAGAUGACAUUGAUGAGGAAGGUAUAUCUCUAACAAGCAGCAUUGCAAAGAUGAGUGGGGAUGUGACAGCCAAUCUUGAGCGGAAAGAAAGGAAAGGUUCUAGUGCCACAAAUCUUACAAUUGCAGAAGAUAUUGAGGAGGAUAAACGAGAAUAA